AUGGCAACCACUCCAAUGAAGAAAAAUGAUGGUAAAUGGAUUAUACCACCUUCAUUGGCUACUUUAAAGAUUAUGUAUCAACUAACUAGAAGUCAACUUGUUGAUUUAAAGGAAGAAAUUAAGCAGCUAAUGAAGAGAAUAAUGAAGGCACAUAAGGAAGAUGAAAUUAAGGUCAUCAUGUUGCAAGAUUUUCCUCUCAUUAAUGUGUAUGAAAUGAUGAUGCAAUUUAUUGAAAUGGAAAAGAAAGAGGCUGCAAGGAAAAUUGAGGAAGUGCAAAUUUCGGAUACUUCUUAUGAAAAUGUGAUAAAUUGCAUUUAUUUCUAUGGAAGGGAAGAUCUUUUUUAUGUAGUUGGUGCGGCAACACAAAAUGAUGUAAUUGAAAUCUCUAAUUCGAAUGAGUUGUAUGUAGAAGAUAAUGAAGAAGGCAUUGAGGAAGAUAUUGAGGAAGACAUUGAAGAAAAUAGUGAUGAAGACAAUGAAGAUGAUAGUGAGGAUGCAAGUGAGGCUAAUAGUGAGAAUGAGUAUCUUAUCAGUUAA